CACUCCUUCCUCGCUGUUUUUUUCCCUCCAUUUUCUUUUCUUUCUUCACAAACAGAGCGUUUUUAUUUUAAAAUACAAAUUAAUUAGCUUUCCAAGAGGCUUGUGCCUUCUGGAGUUAUUCGCGCAGAGGGAGAGAGAGGGUGGGGGAGAGAGAGAAUGGCCGAAAACCUAUUUCAAGGGUUGCCGCCUCCUUCUGCAGCACCUGUUUUCCAACAAGAGCAACAGGAAGUUUCAAGGACACCUGUUUCUGACAAGAAAGAAUCUUGUGCACCUUCAGCUCCUGCUCUCAAAAGCGCUCUCAAACGACCCAAGCCUUCCGAAUCACUUCCCGAAGCUACUGCUCCUGAAAAACGGUUGAGGUUUAAAACCACUACAGAUGCCUCUGAAAUGCAAAUUAUAGAGGCCAUGCAGAAGAUAGCCUCACAUAUCAAGAAUCCAACAAAGUUUGCAAAGGCUUCAAAGCUUGCUGUACAGUUGAUUCAGGCUGGAAGUGUGAAGGCUGGAACUAUCGAUCACUUCUUUGCAAUACUUGAAGCUGCAAUGUCGUCAUCCUCAUCCUGUACAGAUCCAUCGGUACGAGCAGAUUAUCACGCAUUAUUCUCAGCAGCACAAGAUGCUGUUGAAUGCCUCAAUAACAGGCAACGAAAUUAUUUGGCUGUAUGGACGAUCAGGGCAGUUGUGGCAAAUGAUUUGUUCACUGAUGACAGUUUUGUGUUCUCAAAAACAGCUAGGCGAAUAAAAGAAGGCAUCUGUAGUCUCCCAAUUGCGACUGAUGAUGAUGAUAAAGAGGAAGCUCUGGCCCUUCAAGAUGAGACAGAAAUCGGGGAAGUCAGCGUUCAAAGCAAGCAGGAUACAUCUGCAGUUUCAUCAUUUGAAGGUAAUAACAAGGAAGAGUCUGAUCCAUUUGGGCUUGAUGCUCUGAUUCCAAACACAAUGAAGAAAGACGAUUUGUCAAAGGGGAAGAAAGACACUGCAGCCAAGAUCAGGAAGGACGAAGAAGAGACUAAGAGAUUCCUCAAGUUGCAGAGAGAAGCCCUUAUUAUAUGUUUAGAGAUUGCUGCAAGGCGUUACAGAACUCCAUGGUGCCAAACAGUCAUAGAUAUUUUAGUAAAGCAUGCUUAUGAUAAUAUAACACGGUUCACUUCUCGGCAAAGGGAUGCUAUUGAGAGACUUUGGGCAUCCAUACGGGAACAGCAUAUUCAUAGGAAGCAGGGAAAAUCGGUUACUGGGAAACUUGAUGUGAAUGCUUUUGAAUGGCUUCAGCAAAAGUAUGCGACAGAGAAGAUUAGCAUCCGACAUUCUGUUGGAGGAGGUGGAGAGCGCCGUGCUGAGCAGUGGCUUGGAUAAUGCCCUUCAUCAUGUACUUUGUAUCACAAAAAUUAAAAAAAAAAAAUGGAUGGGUUGGUUAAUGCCUUAAUUGUGUACUUUGUAUCACAAAAAUGGGUGAUGGCAACUAUAGGGAAACAUUUGGCAUUGUUUGUUGCUUCAACACCACCGCCACCCCCCCCCCCCCCCCCCAAAAAAUGUUCAUUUACAUGUAAAUUACUGUUAUUCUUUUGUCUAUGCAUUUAUAAUUUAGAGUAUUUUCUGCCAA